AUGGUCAAUAUUACACACGUUAAUCUUUUGACGCUGGCGACGAGCAUUCCGUAUGCUAAUGAGUUGUAUGGGAUUGCUAAUGCAUCUACUGAAGAUGUUUCGUUUUUGUCGUAUAACGAUUCAUUCGUUCACGAUAUUCUUGGACCUAAUGUUUCUCAGCAAUUAGUUGGAAGUUAUAACUACCAAGCGUUCCACGAGGCUGGCAUUUUCAACAUCGCGACUGGCAAGCUGUAUGCCACCAGCAAUUGGAAUGGCAGCUUCAGCGACCCAAUCAAUGUCACCGCCAUCGACAUCCACGGCAAUAACAGUAUCCAAUCUCUGCACUACGAGCAUCUGGCUGAAGCGAACGGGGGCACUGCGUGGUACCCCGUAGGUUCGCCAGCCAACAGCAGCGAAGGCCAACAAAUCGUCUUCUGCGACGAAGGCGACUUGACCAACCCAGCCCAAUUAGUCCUCGUAGACCCAGCAACAAACACCAGCCGCGUGCUGAUCAACAACUUCCUCGGCCGCAACUUCUCGUCAAUCAACGAUGUCCGACAACACCCUGUCACCGGCGAUCUCUGGUUCACAGAUGUACCUUACGGCUACUGGCAAUACUUCCGUCCCGCACCAGUCAUCAAGAACCAAGCCUAUCGCUUUGAGUCCAACACUGGAGUGGUGCAAGCAGUUGCUGAUGAUGCUUUUGCUCCCAAUGGUAUCGAGUUCUCGCCUGAUUUGAAGCAUGUGUAUAUUACCGACACGGGUGUGCAUACUUUCCCCAACAAGGAUAACUUGACCAUGCCUUCGACGAUUUAUCGAUACGACAUCACUCCUGAUGGAAAGAGAUUGCAGAACAGACAGUUGUUUGCAUACUCGGAUAUUGGGUUGCCUGAUGGUAUUCAUUGCGAUACUAUGGGGAAUGUGUAUGCUGGUUGUGGAGAUGGCAUCCAUGUCUGGAACCCGGAGGGUGUCUUGCUCGGUGUCUUUGCAGUUGAUGGUGGAGCUGCAAACUUUGCUUUCGUGCCUGGCGGCAUGUACAUCUUCAAUGAGUACAAGUUGUUCAAGGUUACGUUGCAGGCUGAGGGCCGUGAGGUCAAGAGAGACUUUGGACUAUACUAA